CUCGCUUACCACUUUCACAUUUUCUUCCUCAUUCACACACACUUUGCCGGCAUCAACUCCCUGCUGUUUUGAAGAAAUCAUCAUCCAACGAUUUCUUCUUCUUCUUCCUCCUCCUCCUCCUCCUCCUCCCCAUCCUCCUCCUCUUCUUACCCUCGUGAGGAUGGAUGCCCCAGGCUACAACGAGCCCAAAAUGGGCCACUUCGUUUUCAAUGAAGCCCCUAAGCGGUACUCCUUCUCCCACUCUCCUGAUAGCAUCAGGAGUGCCACCACUCCCGGCACUCCAGAUGAUGUUCGAACCGUUUUUGGGGAUCCAAUCCCCAUUCCUGGUGCCCAAGCCUCUUCUGUUCCUACCACCGGUGCCACAGCAGUUCUCAGCGCUUUUACCCAUCAACCCGCCAGUUCCCUCACGCCAGCGAACGAGUUUGGUAGCACUGCUGCAGGCAGCUCCAAGCAGGCUCCCGGCCGCGAGGUUCCUCGCUUCAUCAGCAGCAGCUUUGGUCUUAGCAAUCCCUCCUCUCAGAUUUGGGGUCCGCCAGCAACGCGUCUCGGCAAGAGCACCGAUGUUGACAAGCAGACUGCUGCCGCUGCCGCUGCUCACGCACGAUGGGGCUCUUUGGACGCCCACAUGGACCCCAGAGAUGUGUUCGCUCGCCAGGAGAACCUGAUUGCUCGCCCAUCGCCAUUCAUGGCUAACCAAACUCGUCUCCCUAUGGCAGACAGCAUGCUUUCUCGCCCAUACAACCCCCGAGUUUCUAACCGGCAAUCGUUUGGUUACCAAGCAUUCGCACAGCAGAAUGAGCCCCUCCGCUACAACCAUGAAGCUGAAUCAACUCCCAUGGAACGCCAUAUAUCCGCUACUUCCAACAUGAGCAACUCGUCCUUCGAUCUUUCGGAGCUUCAAAACGCUCUUCUCAGCUCUGCCUGUUCUGAGUCUGCUACUAGUCAGCCUCUGGGAAUCGACAUCCUUCGCAUAUCUUCUCCUAGAGCCUCUCCUAUCCAACAAUUUACCUCUACUUCUCUUCCAGCUCAAGUGCCAGUUAGCGUCGCGACCGGAGGCUUCUUGCCCAUGCAAGCUGUAAUGCAGCAGACUCCUCCUCGAGCCUUCACCACUGAGCUCUCCACCAGCGCUCCCAACACGUCGAAAUUUUCGACUCGAUACCACGGCAUGCACACUGAGACCAACGCCAGCGCUGAACAUCUCGCUCCAGAGGAAAACUGCGCUCUUUGGCUUACCAAUCUCCCUCCUGGAGUGACUAUUCAUCAGCUUCUCAAGGGUAUUCGUAACGUCGGCCGUGUUUGGUGCAGCUACAUCAACUAUCCCGACUACGUCACUCACCAAACGGCUGCCGCCAAAGUGGUCUUCUUCACUCCAGAAGCUGCCCAACAGCUGCUCAGUGUCUCUUGGACCCGAGGUCUCUUUGUUCAGGGUUACCGCGUCAAGGUUUCCCACAACCGAAUCAAGUACGGCAGCCACGCCAUUGCUGGCAAAAUGUCCCGCGUCCUCAUCAUCACCGGCCAUGCCGAGUUUGUCAACGAGGCUACCCUCACCAAGUUCUUCAAGGACCGCUUCAUUUUCCAGCUCGACGAAGUCACUGAGCUCAUCAAGGCUGGAGGACGAGCCGUUAUGGAGUUCAAAUUUGGCAGCUAUCGCUGCCAGUCUCAGAUGGGAAAGAUGUCUCUGGAGAAAGAUCGCCCCCGUGGUCUUGAGAAGGUUGAGUUUGGAGACGACCCUUGCGAAGUUGGCGACACCAUGUCGUCGUACGGAAUCGCUGCGGAGAGAAUUCAAGGCAGAGGUCUUUAAUCGAUGGUAGGAAGUUGGCUUUUUUUUCUUCUAAUAAUUGUGUGGUCUUUGGAACUCGGAACUUGGAACUUGGAACUUGGAACUCGGCAUCGGAACUUGGAAUUGGAACUCAGAAUUUGGAAUUUGGAAUUUGGAAUGCGAUGGAAAAGUGUGUUUUAAGCACCACUUGCUUACUCAGGAUAGACCUUCUCACGUUGCCUAC